UUUUUAAUCACUCUGCAGCAGCAACGAGUUUUUUGUAUGGAAGGACCUUUGAGUCGCACCUCUCUCUCUCUCAGCGAUUCGUUCUCUCUUCGAGGUAAAACCUUCUUAGAUGCUUCGGAAUCGGAAGUAAUCGAGCUUCGAUUCGUUGAGUAGAGAGAGUCGCUAGAUCUACGAGCUUCAUCUUCGGAAACCUUUUUAAGAAAUGUCAGGGGAGGAAGAGCUGCAGAGCAAUGUAUCUGUAGCGAGUUCAUCACCAACUAGCAACUGCUGCGUCUCGGGAGGACUCAAGGAGCAUAACUACUUGGGCCUCUCUGACUCUUCCUCUUCCUCCGUUGGAAGCUCGACUCUCUCUGGCCUUGAUGACAAAGCUGCUAUUAGCCUGAAAGCUACCGAGCUGACGCUUGGCCUUCCUGGUUCCCGGUCUCCUGAUGAGAAGCCUUUCUUUCCUUUGGUUCCUUCCAAAGAUGAGGUUUCCUUGAAGAACGGCAACAAAAGAGCCUUCUCUGAUGCAAUGGAUAAGUCUGAAAGCUCGGUUUAUACUGAGAAAGACUGGAUGUUUCCUCAAGGGGUUGUAGCUAACCAAUCUGUAAUGAAGAAGGAAGUGACGCAGAACAUCCCCAAGGGACAGGGGAGCGCUACGACCAACAGCUCUAGCCCACCUGCAGCCAAGGCACAGAUUGUUGGUUGGCCUCCAGUGAGAUCCUACAGGAAGAACACGUUGGCCACCACUUGUAAGAACAGUGAUGAAGUUGAUGGGAAGCCAGGUUCCGCGACGGCCCUCUUCGUGAAGGUCAGCAUGGAUGGUGCUCCUUAUCUGAGGAAAGUUGACCUGAGGAGCUACACUAACUACAUGGAGCUCUCUUCAGACUUGGAGAAAAUGUUCACCACUUUCACUCUUGGUCAAUGUGGAUCUAACGGAGCUGCAGGGAAGGAUAAGCUCUGUGAGACCAAGCUCAAGGAUCUCCUGAAUGGAAAAGACUAUGUGCUCACUUAUGAGGACAAGGAUGGAGACUGGAUGCUUGUUGGAGAUGUUCCAUGGGAAAUGUUUAUUGAUGUCUGCAAGAAGCUGAAGAUAAUGAAAGGGUGUGAUGCCAUUGGGUUAGCUGCAGCUCCGAGAGCAAUGGAGAAAUCAAAGAUGAGAGCUUAAAAAUGAGAAAAGCUUUCUUAGUUAUACAGAUUAUGUGCGGUUGAAAUAUCUCUUUUGGUGGUGUUUUUAAAAAUUUCAAAACAUCUUUAGCUUCUGAAUUUUUUUUUUAUUAUAAAAACUACGUAUGUAAGAAAUGAAGAAGAAUUGACUACGCUUUAGCUGUUUCUACUUUCUAGAGUCUGGUCUAUGUUUGGUUUGAUUUGAUUUCGACGUGUGGUUUGACUUUUCUAUUUUAUCUGGGAUAUUAAUGUAAUGUUAUUCUACCUCUCCA